CAUACGACACAGAAGUGGAUAAGAGACCAAUUCACAGCCGCAGAAACUGGCGAUAAUGCUGUCGCGUUAGCCAUGCUAUGCUCAUUUAACUUCUGCAAGGAGGGUGGACGUUGUACAAGUGAUGAGACGACAAGGGCUCUGGCUUCCAAUUCCACAGCGUCCCACGCAGCUUCUUAGUCCCAAAUGUAAAUGCCUAUACUUGCCACCCCCAAGGAUCCGACCCCACCAGCCACACCUGGAGGGAUCGGAUCAGCUCACCUCCUCUGCGUCUUCUCCGCCAUCUUUUCCGCUCUCUCAUCCAUUGUUCAGCCAGCGACGAUACAGCCUGCUCAUUGAACAAUCGGUAAGGAGAGGCGAAAGAGCAUCUCAGAAUCGAUUCAUCAGCCUUAUGGAUUAUCAGACCCUAAGAUGGAAGCGACGUUGCGGGGAGAGAUCAACGUCGCAUGACGCCAUUCGUAGCCAAUGAUAAGCGCUUGAGGGUGGGACCGAGACGCUCUCAGGCCCCGCCCAUCUCCCGCAGUCUACUUUAGGGGUCCCCAUCGGAAAAGGGGUACGCUUUCCUCCUGGCAGGUGGCUUCCUCCUGGCCUGGGCUGCCAUGCGGUGCUAUGCCCUGCUGCUGUUCAUAUCUGCCUUCUCUUCUGUUGCUGUACUCCAUUCCGCUGGCCCACAGCAAGUCCACACCUGGGCAUUCUUCUUCCAGAUGACCUGGCAAACACUGUGCCAUCUUUGGCUGCAUUAUAAAGAAUAUUACCUACAAGAACCUGCAUGCAUCAGAUUGUCCAUCACUCUUUCUGCCCUCAUGCUGAUGACCCAGAAGGUCACCUCACUGGCUUUAGAUAUCCAUGAACGAAAAGUGAGGGUGGGGUUGCCAAGCGAAGAGAGGAGGGCUCUUGGUUGGCACCUGCUCCAGGCACUGCCGUUUUGUACUUAUUUACUCUGUUUCCCUACUUUGCUAGGAGGCCCGCUGUGUUCUUUCAACAGAUUUCAGGCAUGGAUAAGGUAUUCCAAAAGCCCAGUUUCCCUCCGGGCUGCCAUUCAAAGAGGUUUGGGGGCCCUGACUUUGGGCUUUUUGAAAAAUAUUGUGAGGGGGUACAUUUGCCCUCAGGAUGACCUAAUUGACUGUGCUCGCUUUGGCUGUGUUUAUGUCAUGUGGACUUCGGCCCUGUCCUUCAGGCUGGCUUACUACUCUCAUUGGCUUCUCGACGAGUCCCUCUUUCUUGCAGCUGGUUUGGGGCUGGAACUUGGCUGCAAUCAAAAUGCAGGGACUGCCGAUGCAGUCCUCAUGGACACUGACAUUUGGACCCUAGAAACAGCCCACAUGAUUGCUGUCUUUACCCGAACAUGGAACAGGAGUACCGCCCAGUGGCUGAGAAGGCUCAUAUUCCAACGGAGCAGUUACUAUCCUCUCCUGUCCACCUUUGCCUUCUCAGCCUGGUGGCAUGGCCUUCACCCUGGCCAGGUCUUUGGGUUCCUCUGCUGGGCUGUUAUGGUGGAAGCUGACUACCGUUUUCAUCACUUCCUUGGUUCAAUGGCAAAAUCCCAGGUUCAGAGACUGCUGUAUCGAACAGUGACUUGGUGUCAUACACAGCUAGUGAUAGCGUUCAUUAUGAUGGCCGUUGAAAUGAGGAGUCCCUCCAUGCUUUGGUGGCUGUCUUCUUCAUACAAUGGCUUUUUUCCACUAGUCUAUGUCAUUACACUUCUUCUGCUAGCAGAUAAAAGAGUGAGCAGCCUCGCCACUCCUCAUUAGCCCACUCUGCAUCCUUAGAAACAUGUUUCUGUUAUUGAAAAGUAGGGACGCAGACUGAUGCAGGAUCUUUAAAACAGUUGCAGCAGGUUUUUAAUCCGUGCUACAAGGCCACUUGUAAGGCGACUUGCGUUAUGGACACACAGACCAACAAGGUGAAUGGGGAUCAGUUCUUCAUCUCCUGUUAUGCAUCAGUAAGGCUAUCUUAUUUUUCCUUUUCUUUUUAAAUAAAAGUUUUCACCUUAUCCUAAAAAAAA